AUGAGCUCAAACCGAAAAACAAGUUUAGUGUGGAAGUACUUCAUAAUUGAAGCAAACAAUCCAAGAAUGGUUCAGUGCAAAAUCUGCAACAGCAAAGUUUCAAGAGGAUCUGACGACCCAAAAAAACAAGGAUUAAGUGGACUCACGUCACACCUGAAGAAUCAUCAUCCUGACAUCAAACUUACGCCCGAAAAAGCAGAAAAUCCAAAGGCAAAUGAAGAAGCUGACUUAAAUUCCAACAAGAGAAAGGCAGUUACAAUCUUCAACAUGCGAUCAAAAAAACAAAGAUCCGACAUGUUACAAUCUACAAUUCCAAACUGGGUUCAAGCUUCUUCAAAAGUUGACUCUAAUUCUGAAAAAGGCCAAAAAUUUCACAAGUCAAUUUUUGAAAUGAUGAUUCUUGACCUCCAACCAUGGUCUAUUGUCAAUAAUGCUGGAUUUUUGAGGCACCAUGCUCUUAUUGUUCCAAAUUACAAAAUUGCUAGCGAAAAAUACUACAGAAGUUUACUGGAUCCGACUUACGAAAAAAUUAAAGUUGCUCUCAAGGAAAAGCUGGUUCAAUCAGAAGCUGAAAAUGUGUCUGUCUGCCUUGAUGCAUGGUCAUCAUUUCAUCAUGGCUAUCUGGGAAUGACUGUUCACUUUAUUUCCAAAGACUGGAACCGUGUCAAAUUCUGCAUCUCUUGUUCUCCAUUUGAUGAAAGUCAUACUGCAAAAAAUAUUUUCAAAGAGAUCAAAGCAGCAGCAGAGGAAUGGGAAAUUUCUUCAAAAAUUGGAGUUUGCUUAAGAGACAACGCAGCAAAUGUAAAAGCAGCCUUCAAUGAGCCAAGCUGUAAUUAUAAGUCAGCUGGAUGCCUUAACCACUCCCUUCAACUUGUGAUAAAAAAAGACCUAUUAUCAGAUCCUACCAUCAACGAACUGAUUGAAAAGAGUCGAAAACUUUGUUCUUACGCAUCCCAUUCUAUUGGUUUCUACACUGAACUUUACAGACAGCAAGAAAUCCAAAUGGAUAGAAAAGACAGACUUGGCUUAAAAAACGAUGUUGCCACAAGAUGGAACUCUACCUAUUACAUGCUUGAGCGAAUUUUACACCUGAAACCAGCCAUUGCUGCAACCUUACUCAAAUUUCCUUCUGUGGGAAUUGAAUUUUCCGUCCAAGAUUGUAGCCUCUAUGAAAAAGUGGUGAGGAUUUUAAGUGUUUUUGAGGAGGCAACAAAAAUGUUGUCAGGUAGUGAUUCUUGUAUCAGUUCCUGCAUUCCAAUUGUGACAACAAUAAUUAAAGCUUUGGAAACAACCUCCGGCGACGUCAGUGUUCAGAAAUUGAAAAUAGCUAUGAAAAAUGCAAUGGAAAAACGUUUUUCAGCAAUUGAAAAAACAGAACAUUAUUCAGUUGCUACUUUACUUAAUCCAAAAUACAAAUGGUAUUUUUUCCGAUCUCAAGCUGCUUUGCAAAAUGCCAAACACAUUGUCAUGUCCCAAAUGGAGAAUUUUGAACAUCUUGAAGAUGAAUUGGCUCCUGUUACUCAAAUUCCAUCUGGUGACAAUGAAAAAAACACGGCAUUCUCGCACAUAAUGUCAAAAAUUAUUGCACAGUCUCAAACAGAACCAAAUGAGCAUUCAUCUUCCAAAAUGACGAGGGAAGUGUUGAAGGAUUUUUUGGAUUGUCCAAUGGCUUCUCAUUGCCUAGAAUUUUGGAAAAACUAUGAAAAAAAUGCGACUAGCAAAAUCAAGUUAGCAUUGACUAAGGUGGCAAAAAAGUACCUCACACCACCCCCAACAUCCACAGAUGUUGAAAGAUUGUUUUCUACGGCUGGAGAUAUUCUAUCUAACGAAAGAAACAGAUUCCUUCCAGAAAAUUUGGAAAAACUCCUUUUUUGUCGAGAAAAUCUUGCAGUUGUUGGAUUCUGCUAUUAA